UUGUUACAGCUGGACUUGAUAUACGUUUCUCGAAUAGAAGGAUUUGAGAUAGGUCUCACGAAUAAAAGUGUAUCCAAGAGAAUAGCUGUUUGAAUUUUGUAUGAAAACAAUAUUUGUAAGGAUACUUGAUUUAGGAAUUGGGUGGGCUGAUCCGGUGAUCCCUUGUAAACUCGUCCAUUUCUGAAAAGUCGACCAGAGAGAGAGAGAAUCUGAAGAGAGCAACAAUGGCGUCAGGAUGGGGGAUUUCGGGCAACAAGGGUAGAUGUUACGAUUUCUGGAUUGAUUUCAGUGAAUGUAUGUCUCGUUGUCGUGAACCUAAGGAUUGUUCUCUCCUUCGCGAAGACUAUCUCGAGUGUCUUCAUCACUCUAAAGAGUUUCAAAGACGGAACAAGGUUUACAAGGAAGAACAGCGCCAGAUAAGAGCAGCUGCAAGGAAGGCCAAGGGUGAAGACGAGAAUGAAAAUCAUCACUGAUAUAGGCCAAAUUUUAAAUCUGCAAUAAUAAGAAAUUUGUAAUGAAUUGUAUUUGAAUUGAACUCCCAGUUCAUGCUUCUGCAUUUCAGUGUUGCAGAAUUUAAGUUUUGAAUUUCAUCAUGUGCAAACUGUUGAGAUUUUUUAUUUAUUUUUUUGCUCAAUAAUUUUUAAAUUUUGUCAUGAAUAUGCUAAACAAUUGGAUGAUUCCUGGGAUGCCCGGUAUAUGUAUUUGGUUUCAUGCCACUGCUUACUUCAAGGCUAUACCUAUGUUUUAGAA